GUGUUUACUUAAAUACUGCAAAAUCAACGAAUAAUGACGCGCUCAUAAAAUUAUUACGUUUUACAUUUUUCUGUAAUAAAUUGCAAAAUUACAUUCACUUCAAACCUACAACUUUCAUACACGUACCUGGACUUACUACCUAGAUACUUUAAAUUUUCUAAAAACUUAUUCUGAAAAAUGCUCAACUUUAUGUGCAAAUGUUUCUUGACAAUUUUGUUAUCGUUGGCAAUUUCAGAUGCAAGUGAAAACGAACAUGAAGCAUUAUACUUUGGUCAACAUGUACCCAGAAUAAUGAUCGAUCCAAAACAAUUAGCAAAACUGAAAGAUCCCCUAAUAAAUGUCCCUAUGGCAACCGCUUGUCCAGCAAAAUCAACCGAGGAAAGAACAUUUGACGACAUCGGUUCAAUUGGUAAAAAUAGCUUGUUUGUACGGGAAAUUUAUGCAAAAGACCAUAGAGCGGAUGAAGUCGAUCACAAAAUAUGUGAAGAUUCAUACAAACUGUCUUUAAUUUAUAAUGCAAAUUUGGACCAGUUUGAAUUUGGUUUCGAAAUUUACUAUGAUAAAUCCAAGUUUAAAAAUUCAGAUUUUGUUGAUUCAAUUCGAAGUCGAUAUGACAUGAUAACCAAUACACAUUCGAUAAAAAACCAUGUCAAGACAGCGAUUUCUUAUAUGCCCAAUGUACCUCCUGUACCCUUUUUAUCGCGUUUAUCAUCAUUUCCGGGAGCAUCCAGGAUCUUCCAGGAAGCAAAAAUAUACCUUAAUGAUACUCGUCAAACCGAAUUAGGUUUUCUAUGGAUUGAAUCAUUCUUCACAAAGUACAACUAUCAACAAAAUCACGCAGUUCAAACUACAUACAAUGUACUGGUCCCUUCUAUAACUUGGAAAAGUCACGAAUGCGAUGAUUUUAAUCUAGGAAAUGGUUACUUCAAGAAUACUGACAUAGUUGAUCUAUACAACAAAUUAUAUAACGAGGAUAAUCAAAGAAGAAUGUUAGAAGGUAUCAGAGUACCUACGUCUCAGCCAAAUGAUGAAUAUAAAGAAGCAGCGUGCGAAUCUGAAAAUGAAUGUUUCACAAAAUGGCUAUCUAUUCCAUCAUCGCAGUUUCAGAUUAUAUCAGCAAAACCAGUUUCGUGUUCCAAUUUACUUACAGUGCCAAUUUGGAAAAGCACUGUAGAAAAAGUGCUGAAUAAACUGGAUAACUUCUUAUACGCAGUAUCCCUGAUACUUGGACGUUUAACAAUACAUUCUGGCGUUCAUGGCACCCUACAGUUGCCAAUUCAGUCUGAUCCUAAUAAACGGACCAAGAAAAUCACAUUAGGGGGAAAAUAUAUGCCAGUUCCAGACAUAAUCUAUAAACUGGUAAAAUAUCAAAGAAGCACGUGCACAAAACCUGCAGAGCACAACCAGCAUAAUGAUAAUGAUGGUGUUGAUAACGAUGAUGGUGGUAAGGAUGAUGAUGAUGAUGAUGAUGAUGUUGAUGAUGAUGUUGAUGAGUCAAAAGAAGAAAAAUGUGUAACUUCACUGGGCGCUAUGAUUGUGGUGAUUCAUAAUAAUCCCUAUUUCAAUGAAGAGACAGACAAAGUUUGCAAAGAUCAGUGCGAAGACUUAGGAUGGGAAGAAAUACAAAAAAUUAAUUCGGCAGAAGGUAAACCAGAAUCAAAAUCUUACAUUUACUGUUGCAAAACAACAGAUCCUGAAGUACGAAAAAAAUUGGGAAUAAAUUACAACUUUCCUGAUGAAAUUGAAUACAACCCAAAUAUCGAAUCAACAUCUGCGCUCAGUUUGAAAUCCAUCCCUGUGUUUAAUUUUGAAACCCACCACUUCGAUCAACAAAAUGUUUACGAUUUUGUGUUGUACGUCUAUAGAGUCAUGUUUGAAGGGGUCAAGUUUGAACCUGAAAAAUUUAUCCUCAUGCAACACAAACAUGAAGCAUCAACUGAGAAGAAGAAUGUUGAAUCUACUGAAAAUGAUUUAACAGGAGCUUCAGUAGUGCAAAAUGGCCAUAAUGAAAUAGCAGAUUUACAGAUAGUAGAACCUGAGAAUAAAGUAGAUGGACCAGAUAACUCUGAAUUGCAAUUUGAUGAAGAUGAUGAAAAAGAGUCAGAGAAGUCACCUGAACAGGCAACAGACAGUGUGAGUAAUUUGACUCAGGAAGGAUUACGACAACGACAGCCAGAGCAUAGUGAUCCUAAAAUUCCUAAAACACAGUUGAAUGAUGAAGGGGAAAGAAAAAAUCUGGCAGGAGGCAAUGCAGAAAAGAAGAUAGAAUAAGUACAUAGAGAAAAUGUCAUAAAAAUAAAAGGAUUGAAGAGGCACAGAAACAAUAGAAAUGUCAUCUUACUUUCUAGGCCUAUCCAAAACUUAUCAUUAAGUUAUUAUUUAAGAAUACCUAAUUAAGCAGUAAGAAUUGUAUAACUACAAGGAAACAAGUUCACCUUUCCAACUUCAAUUUUUUAAAAAAUUAAGAAAUAGUUAGUUUGUAAAUGUUGGGUGUGUAAUUUCAAUUUGUAAUGGUACUAUGUACAUUCAUAUUACAUCGUCUUUUUCAUGUU